AUGCGGCAGUGGCUCUUUCUUUUCCGCAACUGCUCGCCAAAGCGUUUGAUUCCACUGGCAGCCCUAUUCACUAUAAUCUACGUUAUUUUGCUACGCGAUUCAGCAAUAAAGGAUGAAAAAAGGUUACUUAAAGCGAUUAUGAUUGAUGAAUUAAUAAAUUUUCAAGAAUAGCCGCAACUUUUGAACAAGGUCACCAAGAUGCUCCGCGAAACGCCAAUUCCCACCCUGCCGAGAAGUGAUUUUAAUUUUUUAAAUUUGAUUCAUUUUUUUGAAGAUUUGAAAUGAGAAUGAAACAAGUUUUAAGGUCAAGCAAUGAUUUCUCGGAUCCCGUUGAGUUGGAAAUCGCACGGCAAACGGUCAAUUUUCUGAAUAUGGAAGAAACAACGAGUCGGCUCGUACAAACCGUUAAAGUGUCAGUUUUCUCAAAAAAUCUAGUGAUAAUAAUUUUUCGUUUUUAGCGCUGAAGCAGACGGAUCUUGUCCAGCUGUGGAGAAUCUUCCAGAUCUUCAAGGGUCCCUGCCUCAGGCGGUUUUGCUCAUUCAGAACUUGAAGGAAGGAGAAGUUCACGCGGUUCAUCCGGAACUUGGGCCGGGUGGAACUUGGGCGCCCAGAGAUUGCAAAGUUCGUCGCUUUACUUUCAUAAUGACAAAAAAAUGAGUCUUUAUUAUAGUUUGUGAAAGAUUUAUCUCUAUUUUUUUGUCUUCUGCACUUUAUUAUCACGUGUUUACUUGAUUUAAUUCCUGAAAAUUCUUCACACUUUGAUUAAAAACGUUUCAUUUUAAUUUUUGAAGGCUCUAAGGUUAUGCAAAGCGAGUUUUACGACUCUCCGCCGUAAGACUUUUAUAAAUUCUUCCGGGGAGAAAAACGCCAGAAACUUACUGUAAACUUGAAAAACAAAAACAAAAAACAAAGCCAUUACUUCAGUUUCUUGUCAUAUUUCUCGCCACAAAUUUUUCUUUGUAAAAAAGUUUAAAUUUCAAGGCGCGGGACAAAAUCGCAGUGAUCAUCCCCUACAGGGACCGCCAGUCACAUUUGACGCGGCUUAUCGAUUUUCUGAUCCCGAUCCUUCAGCGACAGCGGCUUGAUUUUCGGUUUAUUGUGACGGAACAGGUACUUUUUCAUUAUCAAGAUUCAAUUCGGGAAAAUUCGGAAUUGUGGAUAAUGGCCGCUUCAGAAAUAUUGAAAAAAGGGAGAGGCAGCAAAAAUGGUGCAUAAUAGCCGAUAAAAUGGUGCAAAAAGGAAUUUUUGUCACCUUAAAAGGAAAAAUUCUAUUGAGCUUUUUUCCACCCUUUCCGACUUUGCCAAUGAUGGUUUUUUACUGAUAUUUUGUACGUAUUACCGCUAUUUCGAAACGAUUUGUUUCAGUAUGGAAAUGAUUUAUUCAACAAGGGCCGGAUCAUGAACGCGGCCUUCGUUUUCGCCGAGAAACUUGGCGUCGAUUGUGUCGUUUUUCAUGACGUCGACAUGUUUCCGCAGGUUUUGAUUUUUUUUUUCGCCUCGUGGCUAGUAAAAGAGGAUUUUUGAGAGAAUAUUGUUCUUUUAAAGCUUUUCUAGGUGUUAAAGUUCUUUCUCGCCGCCUAAUUUAUGCUCAAAACAACAAAAUAAAUAAUCAAUUGACUUUCUUCAUAAAAUGCAGUCAAUACUUUUUUUCUCACUGGUCACACCCCUUCAAGAUUUAAUUUUUAAAAAAAUUAUUUUCCAGGAUGAUCGAAAUCCGUACUCUUGUCCCCCACAGCCCAGGCAUCUCGGCGCUUUUUGUCAGCAAUCUGGGCUAUCAGUACGUUUUUUUAGAUUUUUUUCGAAGCCAGAGGUCCUUUCUUAUGUUAUAUUUGAAUGUGAGCAUCUGAAGAGAGUUGAAAAAAAUUUUUUUAAUCGAGCUUUGGUUUGAAUUUUUGCAUUUUUAGAGUAUUUCCUCGAUAUUUUACGACAGAUAGAAUUAAUCUUUUUUUUUUCUUGAAAUGUAAUCAGGGUCCUUCAAAGUACUUCUCAGCUGAGUUUUUGUAAAUCCUUGUCUCUUUUUAUUUUUUUAAAAGGUUUUUAACUUUGAUGAUCACUUGGUUCAAAGAUAAUGUUAAUCAGUUCUGUUUUCUCACUGAAAGCUUUCAAUUUCUAACACCGUGUUAAAAGUAAUUACCGCGAAGUUCAAAAUUAUCUCUGACUCUCCAUAAUUUUGUUAUCUCUUUCACGCUCUGACGGCUGUUUUGAAUUUUUUGGAAUUGAUUUGAACACGAAAUAGAUAUUUAACGAGUUUUUAAAUGCAAGAAAGAACUUGUUUCAAUGUUAAUGAGAGCAGUUUUCUAAUCGAUAUUCACCAGUCCCUUUUUCUAGAUUAUGGUACAAGGAGAUAGUUGGCGGUGUUUUGGCCGUUUCGAUGAAGGAUUACCGGACCGUCAACGGCUAUUCCAACAUGUUCUGGGCUUGGGGCGGCGAAGACGAUGAUAUGGGUUAGAAAAUCCCCCGAAAAUUGUCGCAAAAUGGGUUCAGGACAACGGAUUUUAUCGUUGAAUUACACCAUCGAGAGACCCAAUCCGGACACCGGCCGAUAUUCCAUGCUGAAGCACGUGAAACGGAAAAGAACUGCUCCGAAAUUGAUGUUUGUUUUUUUUUUUGGAUCGAAAAGUUUGCUAAUUGCUUUUUUAAAGGCUGUGAAACCAUAUAGAAACUUUUUUGAAAGACAAAAAAUGUCUUUUUUUUCUGUCAAAUUAAAUUUUUUGAACGGCAAUCCUUUUAAAAUGGUCUCAUUGAAUCGCCUAAAAAAAUUGAUAACCUAGAAACCAAGUUAUUUUUAGAUAAUUACCUAAACAUGAUAUUCCAAGGGAAUGUAUUUUUUUGAAGCUUAUUGAUUUUUUUGUUAAUAAGUUCUUAGAAAAUUAACUUGUUUUAUUUUUAAUUUUUUUGUGUUUUUCGCUCGAAAUUACUUCAAAACUUGUUGAUUCAGACAGAAGAUUCUACUUUUUGAAAAAGAAUAUUUUUUUCUCUUUAUUAUUUCUAGCAAGGCAUGUUGUAAACUGUAAGAACUCCGUGAACAUAUCAAAUUUCACUUUUCUUCCGGGUUUUAUGACUAAAAUUAUUUUCCUCUUGGCUUUUUGUUUCUCUAAAAAUUCAACAAAUCUAAUAAAAAUCCGGAAAUUCAGCUACCAGUUGCUGGCGAACAGCGCGACGCGGGUCGCCUACGAUGGCCUCAACGAAACGAACAAAUGGACCAUUAGAAAGGUGGAAUUUCCUCGAAUCUACGUAAAAUCAUCACAUUUCUGUUUCAGGUCACGACACGGCCUUUAUACUUUCAUCUUUAUGUCGACGUUGGUAAGGUACCGGAAGAAUGGCGGGCGAAAAGUUGA